AUGGCACAAAAUACUCGAAUUCCAGAUCAUAUAAUUAACUGGGAUAUUCUCAAUGAAAUUGUAUCCAUGGAUGAAGAUGAUGCUGGUUUUUCACAAUCAUUGCUGAUACAAUUCUUCGAACAAGCCCAAUCUACAUUUGAGAAAAUGGAGGAGCAUAUAAACACAGAUAAAAACCUAGACCAGCUUGGACAACUGGGUCAUUUUUUAAAAGGCUCCUCCGCAUCGCUUGGACUUCAAAGGAUUGCAUGGGUAUGUGAAAGAAUACAAAACUACGGACAGAAAAAGGAAGGUCCUGGUAUAUCGGAUGAACAGUAUUUACAGCUGAUCAAACAAUGUUUGGCUCUUUCACAAACAGAGUUUGCAUUGGCGAAAGAAGAGUUGGGAAAGUUUUAUAACACCAAAUUUUGA